CUAAAUAAACCGAAAGCUUUCACAGUUUUGUAUUGCUCUUCUUCAGCGUCAGAAUAAAGUUAAACUACGACGGUUUCACGGACGUUGCAAUAAAGUUUUGUAUUUUGAAACGUCCGUCCUGAAUAACAAUCCCACUAGAAACACGCGUUGUUGUUGAUGUGUAGCAACUGUUAGGUUACCUAUACUUUUUGUUGUGUGCCGAAAAGUUCUUGAGCCGUGAAAUACUAAUAUAGUGGAUUUGUUUGAUUGCUUGUAAAUGGACGGUGUGCCUUGCCUUCGUGUAUAUCAGUGUCAUGCACAGCAGAUCAGGAGAUGUCUGCAGUCUAAAGGAGCUCUUGACCGGAGUUUGUGCUUAUUGAGAGACUCAGAUGAGACAGUCCUUCUGCCCAUUUUAACAUCUUGUGUGUCACAACUUGAUCUACAGUCUCUCGGAAAAACGGUGGCUUCAGACAAUGCUUGUGAAUUAGUUUGGAGUCAGUCUCCUCUUCUUUCAAAGAGGGGGAGAGGACAGACACAUGGUAAUAAAUUAAAGAAAAUCCUCCAGGAGCUGUUGGGAUCGUGUGGGGAAGGAUGGACAGAGGAGCUGAGAGGGGACCUUCCUCGCAGCUUCCAGAGGCAUGGAGACCUAGUCCUGCUGGGAGACAACUGUUUCUCUCUGCCACUAUGGAAGAAAAUGGGUCAAGAGUUAUGGAGUGCAGUGGCCAAAGGACUGGGGGCAAAGCGCUUGGCAAAGACGAGUCGAAUAUCCAGGGAUGGAUUUAGGUCUCCCGUGGUGACGAUGCUCUUGGGAGAACACAGCUGGGUCAAACAUGUGGACAAUAGGAUUAGGUAUGAGUUUGAUGUCACCAAAUGCAUGUUCUCAGCUGGAAACAUAACAGAGAAGCUCCGGGUGGCAGGAUUUGACUGCAGAGGGGAGACUGUGGUGGAUUUGUAUGCAGGUAUUGGAUACUUCACUUUGCCAUAUCUGGUACAUGCGGGAGCCAGUCAUGUUCAUGCCUGUGAGUGGAACCCCGACGCAGUUGAAGCUUUACAGAAAAACCUUGUGGCAAACAGGGUGGCUGACUGCUGCACUGUUCACCAGGGAGACAACCGAAAGCUCCAACUAUAUGACAUUGCCGACCGAGUGAACCUGGGCCUCAUACCGAGCUCUGAGGAGGGCUGGCCUGUUGCCUGUCGACUGCUGAAGAGAACAACUGGUGGCGUUUUGCACAUUCACCAGAACGUAAGCUCUCCGCUACCGGAUAUGGCUGCCAUUCCAGCAAUCGAUGACGUCCCCGAGAGGAUUUCUGGGAAGGCAGCUGACAGAGAGGUGUGGCAGGCCUGGGCUGAUGACACAGCAAACCGAAUCACCUCUCUUUUAAAGGACAUCACCGGUGCACUGUGGAUAACAAACAUCCAGCACAUUGAGCAUGUUAAGUCCUAUGCACCUCAUGUUCACCAUAUUGUGCUCGACUUGGAGUGCAGACCAUCCUGAGUUGAACUGAUGACCACAGACACUGUGGUGGUUAACAUUUUAUUAUGCGACUUUCUUCUAGGGAAAGAAAAGGCAACGGUGGGUUCCAGAAGAUUUCUGUGCAACCAAACACCACAUCAGCUGGUAUCUAUGAUUAUUCCAUUUGUCAGCUGCUGCGGUACUUUUCUAAGCCUUUAUUUAUCCAAGGCAGGUUCACUGUGCACAAAUGCUGUGUUUUUUUAGAAACGCCCUGCCUCACACUCAUGCUAAUAUAAUCACAUGUGGAAGCUGCAAAGCCACGCCACAACCGAAGCCUUAUCUUUUGGCCAGUAAAUAGCUGUGGUUUAGGUGUCUUGCUGAAGGGCACCUUAUUGAUGUGCUAUGCUCUAUACAUUGAUUUUCCUCCAGUGUUUGUUCACUAGACCCCUUGUGGUCGACUGAAAUAAAAAGCUAAAGAAUGA